GGCAGUGGGCGCUGCAGCCGGCCCGCCCCGCCGGUCUGAGGGCGGCCGCCGCCCCACUGCUUGCUGAGGAGAAGGCGGAAGUGGCGCCCGGGGAGCGGCCGGCGAUACCAUUGACAGAAUGAAGAAGAAAGUAUUGAUUUGAAGCUUUCGAUGAGGGAGAGGAGCAGCCCAAGGGAAGAGUUGCACACUUCUUUGCAAUUAACGUGACAGCUGAAUUUGGACUGUUUCUGUGUAGCAUUUGAUUAGCUACUAUGAGCUUGCUAUAUAGUGAUAACAGUUGUGGAGCCCGAGACUUGGAGAGUGGCUGCUGUGCAGCCAUGGCCAGUGCCUGCAGCGCUGGAGUGAAAGAAGACAGCGUAAGCGUCAGCAGUGGGACUGGAAACCCUCCAAGUUCUUUCACAGAGGAAACACAAGGUUAUGAUGUGGAGUUUGAUCCACCCUUGGAAAGUAAAUACGAAUGUCCAAUCUGUUUGAUGGCUCUUCGGGAAGCAGUGCAGACACCAUGUGGACACCGUUUCUGCAAAGGCUGCAUUGUCAAAUCAAUAAGAGAUGCAGGUCACAAAUGUCCAGUAGACAAUGAAAUUCUGCUUGAAAAUCAACUUUUUCCUGACAACUUUGCUAAACGGGAAAUCCUUUCAUUAAUGGUGAAGUGUCCCAACAAGGGCUGCAGUAUGAAGAUGGAGUUGAGGCAUUUAGAGGACCACCAGUUGCAGUGUGAUUUUUCCACUGUGGAAUGCCCACAGUGCCAAGGAGCCUUCCAGAAGAACCAUCUGAAAGAGCACAUGACACAGGAGUGUCCAAGGCGUCAAGUCUGUUGUCCAUACUGUGCCACAUCUAUGGCCUAUGAAGAUAAAGAGCUUCAUGACCAAACCUGUCCACUCGCCAAUGUCUUUUGUGAAUAUUGCAACACAAUGCUCAUCAGAGAGCAGAUGCCUAACCAUUAUGACAAUGAUUGUCCUACUGCCCCAGUGCCAUGCUUUUACAGUGCCUUUGGGUGUCCUGAAAAGAUGCAAAGGAAUGAACUGGCACGACAUAUGCAGGAGUUCACUCAGGUUCACAUGAGAAUGAUGGCUCAGAGUUUUCAAAAUAUCAGUGUUACUGCUGCAAAUCCUGUACCCUUCAUCAAUGGCCUACCCUUUGACCCUGCCCUCUUCUCACAAGUGUCACAUGCCACAUAUGAUUGCAAUCCAGAAGUUGAAAACUUCAAAGAAACUAUUCAGCAGUUGGAAGGCCGUCUGGUAAGACAAGAUCACCAAAUCCGAGAACUCAUUGCUAAAAUGGAGACUCAGAACACUCACAUGGCAGAACUCAAACGUACUAUCAGAAAUUUAGAGGGAAAGAUUACUGAAAUGGAGGCACAGCAAUGUAAUGGUAUUUAUAUCUGGAAGAUUGAGAACUUCAGCGGACUUCAGAAAGCCCAGGAAGAAGAGAGACCUGUUGUGAUGCACAGUCCUGGCUUCUAUACUGGAAGGCCUGGCUACAAGCUGUGUUUGCGGCUGCAUAUCCAAUUACCAAAUGCUCAGCGCUGUGCUAAUUUUAUAUCUCUGUUUGUCCACACUAUGCAAGGAGAAUAUGACAGCCAUCUGCCUUGGCCUUUCCAAGGCACUAUACGACUUUCUAUUUUGGAUCAGUCAGAAGGCCCUGAAAGGCAGAAUCACGAAGAAGUAAUGGAAGCCAAGCCAGAGUUAUUAGCCUUCCAGAGACCAACAAUUCACCGCAAUCCAAAAGGUUUUGGUUAUGUGACUUUCAUGCACCUGCAAACCUUGAAACAAAGAACCUUUGUAAAGGAUGAUACCCUUCUGGUGCGCUGUGAAGUUCUAACGCGUCUAGAUUUAAACAGUCUCCGCAGAGAAGGAUUUCAAGCUCGCAGUGCUGAUGGAGCUAUGUAGCCUGUAAGUCUUAACCAGAGGAAUGGAGCCACCUGUCAUGUUCUUCCACCACAGAUUACAAGCAUGCUUCGUUUUCCAUAUAGGCUGCAUCUGCAAAAGACCGUAGUUGCCAACAUAGUAGAUCUUCAUCUGAAUAGAACUUUGGUGGUGGUGGUAUACUUUUUCUUCUGUAUGAGGUUAUAUGUUCAAAUAUUUGGUAUUGUUCUCUGUUAAAGUAAUAAGCUACUUCUGUAGCAAGCUAACUAAAUGAAGUGUUGUUAAUCAAAACUUAACUGCCUACAGGAAAAUCCUACUGAAGUACUUGUACAUGUCAGUUUGGUAAAGCUUCAGUCAUAUCAGAAAAGACUGGUAAAUCUUUUCACCUCAGUGCCUUGGAAUAGAUACUCUAGCAGGGUAAUAGGUAAAUUAUUAAAGACUGGGGGGGUGGGGUAUUUGUCUUUCACAGAGCUUGGAAAAGUUGAGACAGUUUCUAUAUUGACUAACCUAGAAUUUUGAAUUGGCUGUGCUUCUCUUGAAAUCUGAAGUCCGGUUAAGACACUGGUCACAUCACCUACACAUGCUUUGAUCCUUCCCUUGUGCGGAGUUAGCAUCAGGAAGUUGCACGUCGAUGUAGAGUUGGUACUAUUAUUUCUAAAAGACAUGUGGUAGUGUUAUGAAGGCUAAAUGAGCUGAGUUCACUGAAGAAGUACUUGGAAUGUGAUCUGAAAGUGCUUCCCUAGUUCUCUUUAUUUUGGUAAAUCUUUUUGUAAGUGUAUGCUCCAGGCCCAGGAUGUCAGUCACCAUCACCAGAGAUGAAAGGGUAGCAUUUGAAUGAGAUACUUCUGUGCUGGUGAGAUGUCCUCCUAGUGCUGGAUGUUUACUGUUGUUGAAACCUGAAUUUGUACCAGAGCUGAACUUGUGACCUGCAUCUGUUCGAGUGAUCUCUUGGUGUUCUGGGUGACAUAUGACCUAUGUCGUCUCCUAUGAAUUCUCAGCAGACAGCUGGCCAUAUCAACAUCCAGCUGUCAUGGGUAUUUCCUGGUCCAUUAGACAAUAGGAGCUGGGCCACCCUCAGUGGUUUGGAGGAGAAGAAAAGCCUAUUAAUUAGACAGCAUGAGGAAAAAUUGCGGUCCUCUUUGCUCUUAGGAAAAAAAACCAAAAUCCGGCUUCCAUAGUUACUAAUUUACCAAACACUAGAUUCACUAUGCCAAGAAUUAAUGAGCUUCCUAAUGUUGCCUAUAUUGUUUUCUGUAGCGAUUGUUUGUAUGCCAUAUAAAUGUUAGUUUUGACCAGUCAAAACUGAGUAGUUCAAGUUCAUUGGUGCUAAAAAUUUUAACUUAUCGUGGUGCUGAUAAAGUUCUGAAUCUUGUCUUUAAAAGGAGGGAAGAAAAAAGUUUUGUUCACCCCGUAACUUAAGUAGACAGUCUGAUAGCGAAGAAAGAGCUACGCCAUACUUAAGCAUAUGUAUAUUAUUUCUCCAAGCUAGUGAAACAACCUAAAGACUUGAGACACUGCAACUUAAAAGAUAUUCAAGAGUGUUCCAACUCUUUGAUCUCAUCAAAGCAAUCCCGUGGGGAUCAUCAGUGGGGAAAGUGCAUAUGCUUAAUAUAUACUAGCUAAUGAAAGUCUACUAUAGUAUACUGAUUUGGAAGGAUAAUCUGCCUGCCUGCAUGAGAUUAAAAGUUCCAGGACCAAACCUACCACUUUGUUCAUCAUAUCCAGAUGAGUAAAAUUUACUUUGCAGAUAGAGCCUGUUAGUUGAAGAGAGAUUGUGUUCAAUGGAGUAUCAUCACUACUGAAACAUGAAGUUCCUGGGUAAUGGUAAAUGCAGCCAGUCAUUGACUUUAGUGUAUUCUGUGACUUUAGAGGACAGGUGAGCCUUAUAUUAGUCAAAAUAGGAAAAGAUCCAUGCUUUAAAACUGCCUUUUUAAAGCUCUUAAGUAGUUUUUAUACUGAAUAGCCUCAUCCUAUUAGCUGAAUUGUUUCAAGUGUCUUCAGUUAGAGCAUUCCUAGUAGUUAAACCAUUCUUAACCAGGAGCUUUUAAUGUACGUGACAGUGCCCAGAUGCACUAUAUACAGAAGGCACUGUACAUUAGCUCUCCAGUCAUUUUCAAGCUAUGUUAGUUAUCCAUGUUUCUCCAAGAUGCUCAAAGACUAGCAUUCUCCUCUCCUUUUUGGGGGGAGGGGGGAAGAGGGGAGCUGGGGGAGGGAGCAGAAGAAACACUUGUAAUUUGAGCUUCUUCCUGCCACAGUUUCUUUCUCAGCCCUAGUGAUAUUAACAGAAAUGUCCUUAGUCUGUGUUCUAAUAGUUUAUACCCAAAACCCACUAAGUGCAUUAAUACUUUCUUUCAUUUUGGAGCUCUGUAUUAUGAACCAAAUUUUUGCUUUGAGCCUUAUCUGCAGGAUCUGAUAUACUUCUGCUUUGGGAGGAAACUGUUUGGUGGCAGGUUCAGGAGUUUAAGUGAUUCAGGUUAAUAUUGUACAAUAGCACAAACCAAUAGGGAAUAGAAAGCUACUUCAUGUACAAUACUGUAUUGGCCACAGUAAUAUGAAUGCUUUAUUCACUGCUGCUAUUCUACUGGUUUUGUAUUUUACUAUUACCAGGUAGAACUCUGAGUGAUGCUGAAUUACUGUAAUGGCAGAGUUUUACACAAGAGACUUUCAGAGCUAAUUUGCUAAGUAUCAGUUAAAUCUUGCUGUCCUGAAAAAGUAUAAAUGUUAAUGAAAUGUUUGUUUAUCUACUCGUCUAUUCAUCUCUUCAUCUACGUUUUCCUCCUCCUUCCCCCACCUUCCAAGCUACUCCUGAUUUCAACUGCAGUUCCAGAGCUUUCUCUUACAUCAUCUUCAGCUAAUAGGAUAACUUACGAGCCUGCAUUGUUACCAUAUCAGCGUAUGGUCUUCAUGACGAUUAUCUUUUAUUCAUACUUUUCCUAAGGUUAGCACAAACAGAUUCAGUUUUUGUGUGAAAACAUAUUUUGACUGAAACACAGCCUCUUUCUGCCUUCCUCCAAAUUUGAUCAUAUCUUUUGAGAAGUUGGUUUACCAUGCUGGAUUGAGGUAUAAUUACUAGAACUACUUAAAUGGAAGCAGAAAGGUAUGCAGCAUUGAGAGUUGUCUCUAAAACAAAUGCAAAGAAAUAGGGGGGCUUAAGCAGUUUCCUGUGUAAUUUCUUCAGAAAUGGGGUUCCUUAGUUCUGUAACUCUUGAUGCUUUGCAGCAUUACUGGAUCUCAAGGUGGUUUAGAAAGUGGCUUAGCUUCUUCUAUCUUCCAAAUUUCUGUCGUCUUGAACAUGUUUUAAGCCAGCCACCCUUAGUAUGUGUAUUUGCAAAGCUGCUAUGGCACAAAUUUUCCUAUUAUAUGAUAUUGCAAAUGUAUUUUCAUUUUGCCUCUGAAUGUCUUCCCCUGCAGGGCAGGGAAAACUAUUUUACUAAAAAUGUCGGUAUGUAAUGUAUAUGUGGGAGCUCAGAGCAUGUGAGAUGUAUAGACUUGUUUCUUAGUGGUCUCGUGAUAUGGCUCGUCAUGUUUGCUAAUGAACUAAAAUCAGGAUGGCCUUUCUGUUCUUAUUUAGAGACACUUUCACAUCAAACUUUGAUGAUGGAUGCAAAGAGUAUUCUAGGGUCAGUGUUAAAGGUUUGUAUUGGUUUGCGUUUGAACAGAAUGAAAGUACUGCUGUUCCCUUGGAAGUAUCGAUAGAUUGUUUAAUAUAUUUUGUAAUUAAUGCACAGCUAUAUUUCUGACAGGAUUUUAAAAAAAUAAACUAAUUAAACUGUG